AUGUUUUUUUAUUUGUUACUCGCUUUUUCAGUGACUAUAAAAGCUUAUCAAUGUCCUCCAUCUCGAAUAUUAAUCGAAAAUCAAUUACGAAAUGUUCAUAUUCCUGGUCUUGCAGCAAUUGUUGUAAAUUCAAGUAAUAUUCUCUAUGAAGAAGGUUUUGGUUAUCAUUCACCUAUUUCAAAUCAAUAUCCAAUUGAUCCAUCGAAAUCAAUUUUUGUUUUAGCUUCUCUCUCAAAAACAUUCAUUGCUCUUGCAGCUAUGCAAUUAGUCGAAAAAGGUCAACUCAAUCUUGAUGUUGAUGUUAAUCAAUAUUUAAAAUUUCCAAUAAGAAUAUCACAUCCAUUGUUUCCAUAUUCAAUUAUAACUAUGCGUCAUAUUCUUUCACAUUCAUCUGGUCUUGGAUCAAAUUAUGAAGAAGAAUUUCAUCAUGGAAUGAUAGGAGAUGAUUUCUUAAAAACAAAUUUAACAGAUGUUAUUCUUAGAUAUUUAUUAAAUAAAGCAAGUUGGUUAUCUGAAGCACCAGGUAAUGUAACAUAUUAUACAAAUGUUGGUGCUGCUUGGGGUGCUCUUAUUAUUGAAAGAAUAUCUGAUCUUUCAUUUGAAAAUUAUGUUCGAUAUAAAAUUUUCGAUCCAUUGGGUAUUUCAAAUACUGAAGCAAGCUAUCGAUUGUCAACUUUUGCAAUGAGAAAAACAGAUUUAGUUGAACAUUAUGUUUAUAAUGUAUCAUUACUAAGUAUUUAUCAUCAAAUAGCACCACAAUUACAUGUCGUUCAAGCUUUGAAUUCAAGUGAAUGGCUUUAUAUACCUCAUUAUAGUAUUAGUGUUUAUCCAUCAGCUAUGCUUCGUAUGUCAGCUCGUUCUUUAUCAAUUUAUCUUCGAUCUUUUCUUAAGAAUUUUUCUCCUAAUCUUCUUCAAAAUUUAUCAUCAAUUAAGGAAAUACUUCAUGUUAGUCGACAAGAAGGUUCAAUAGAUGAACCUAAUGUUCAAUAUGGUUUAAUUUGGAAUUGGCGAUAUCAAAAUAAUCGACAUUUAAUAGGACAUCGUGGAUGGAUGCCAGGAGUUGCUCAUACAAUGAUGGCAAAUGAAAAACGAAGUCUAGGAAUUAUUCUACUUUCGAAUGGUGAUAUCACUUGGGGUGAUGAUUUAGCUAAACAAGUAUCAUUGACAUUAAUUAAUAUAAUGGGACAAUUAUUUGAUUGUUUUGAGAA